AUGUUCUGUGUUUUCUUCCGCGAGGUUGGUGUUCCACUCCGCUUACGAACUGAUGGAGGACCCCCAUUUUCCAGCCACGACUUCAAGCAAUUUGCCGACCGCUGGGGAGUUCAUCACAUCAUCACUUCUCCACAUUACCCUCAGGCUAAUGGACACGCAGAAGCUGCAGUGAAAGCUGUUAAACACCUUAUCAUCAAGACUGCCCCAUCCGGGAACAGAGAUUGUGAAGCCUUUGAUAGAGGACUGCUGGAGCUUCGGAAUACACCAAACCCUGCUGGACGCUCCCCUGCGCAGAUCCUCUAUGGCCAUCCUCUCCGCACUUGUGUUCCGGCUCACCCCACAUCAUUCACAGAGGAGUGGCAAACUAAGACUGAAGAUUACGACAGUCGCACUGCUGCCCAAACCGACCAAGCCAUGAGCCUUUACAAUUCUCAUGCCCGCCCUCUACCCAAGCUCACCAUCGGCCAACGAGUCAGGAUACAGGACGCAACGACGCUUAGAUGGGACAAGGUUGGCAUCGUGAUCGGCCACGGAAUGUCAAGAAAGUAUGAAAUACGCCUUCCAAGUGGUCGUGUAUGGUUUCGAAACCGAAGAUAUUUACGCCCAGUGGCUAAAAUGAGUGAUGACACCUCUCCCCAAGUCCCUGUGUCCCCUUGCCCUGGCCAGGAAAGAGAGCCAUCAAUCGAACCCUCCAAUGUCCCUCGUCAUUCACCUCGACUAGCUCAGAGGAAUUAA